UAAUUACCGAUUGUAAUAAGUUAAAAAGCCAAGUAGAAAAAUUAACUAGUGCUAUUCGAAAUAUUAAUGGAUUUAAUCUUGGUGAUUUAAAAUUAGCGGUUAAGAAAAUUGAAGAAGAAAAUUUAGAGAAUCGAGUAUCUGUUACUAAAAGUAAAUUGAAUGAAGAUCAUCAAUCGUGGUUGGAUCUUUUAUUGGAUACUCAACAAGAAGUUUUACAAAAUGAGAGCACUUUUGCCCGAAAACAAUUAGAGAAAGUUAAAAAUAAAUUGUCCAAUGUGCUUACCGCUGAAGAAAUUCAAGAAUUAUUAGGUAAAAUAGUGGAAAUUAAUGAAUUGGAAGUUCAAUUAAAUAAUCUCAAAAUUCAAGAAAAUCAAUAA